AUGGAAGACGGUAUUGUUGAUGAUCAAGAGUGGCAAGAAGAAGUUGUUGUCCUACGCUCCGGUAUUGAAAGAUUAAAUUCUAUGGUUCAAGACUUGGUGGCUGCUCAGAAUCAGCCACUAACCCAAGCUCAAGCUACCGUGAUCUCCGAGAUAGAGACUGCUCAGAUUCCUGCAAUUCCUGUGACGAAUCCUACGACCACUAGACCAUAUGGGAUAGAGAUGGAUUUCCAAUUGGCUGGACAACAAAUUCCUGUUCCAGAGACAACAAUUCCUCAAGCUAUUAUGACUGUUACUCCUGCUGUUGUAAACAUUGUUCCUCUUCACAACAAACAAAUUUUCCAUGGUGCUCCUUCUGAAGGUAUGGAUAGAUUGGAAGAAUUUGAAGACCAAUUUCUGAAAAUGCAAAAAGAGAUCAAGGCCCUUAGAGGAAAAGAUCUAUUUGGAAAAGAAGUAAAUGAUUUAUGCUUGGUUCUGAAUGUCAGAGUUCCGGCCGAGUUCAGACUCCCAGAAUUUGAGAAGUAUAAAGGGAAUUCUUGUCCUCACAACCAUCUGAUUAUGUAUGUAAGAAAAAUGUCCAUGCACACUGAAGAUCAACACCUGCUAAUUCAUUACUUUCAAGAUAGCUUAUCUGGAGCUGUUUUGAAAUUGUACAUGGGUUUGGAUAGUACUCACAUCUGUACUUUCCAUGACUUGGGAGAAGCUUUCAUCAGACAGUACAAAUACAAUAUUGAUAUGGCACCAGACAGAGAUCAACUCCGUGCUAUGUCCCAAAGAGAGAAAGAUUCCUUCAAAGAGUACGCGCAAAGAUGGCGUGAACUAGCUGCUCAAAUCAUUCCUCCCAUGGAAGAGAAAGAAAUGACCAAGCUGUUCCUUAAGACGCUAAGCAUAUUUUAUAAUGAGAAUAUGGUAGCAAGCGCUCCCAAUGACUUUACUGAAAUGGUAAACAUGGGGAUGCGGCUUGAAGAAGGUAUCCGAGAAGGUCGCCUAGUCAAAGAAGCCAGUUCAUCACUAUCUAGUGGUGGCAUCAAAAGAUUUGGUAGUAACUUUGCCAAGAAAAAGGAAGAAACUAUGAGUGCCAUCUCAAGGGGAAGGAAAAGACGGUAUCAACCACAACAAAUUGCUGCUGUGACUCCAGUUGUUAGCCAAGCUCCGCCUCAGAAUGUGCAGAAGCCUCAUCCUCAACAGCCUCGACAACAGGCUCCUCAACAAAAUCAAAAAAGGAAAUAUCCACCUUUUGAUCCUAUUCCGAUGACUUAUACGGAAUUACUGACAUUGUUACUUCAAAAGAAUCUAGUUCAACUAAGGGAUCCUCCUCCUCCUCCUCUUGCUAAUCCACCGUUUUGGUACAAGGCAGAUGCUCACUGUGCUUUUCACAAAAAUUCUCCUGGUUAUACUGUGGAAAAUUGUUACCCUAUCAUGAGUGAACUACAGAAACUGGUCCGAAGCAACAUGCUCACCUUCAGGGAUGUUAAUCCUAAUGUUCAAGUUAAUCCGCUGCCUAACCAUGGGACUGUCAAUGCAAUACAGACUCAAUCUGGUUAUGAGUACCUACAUGAUGUUCGUGAAUCAACUCGAUCUUUGGUAGAAAUGCACAUUGUAUUCUGUGGACUUAACUGUUUUCCUCCUCACAAUUACAAUGCUUGUUCAGUUUGCUCAAACUCAAUUCAGGGAUGUGAAACUGUGACCAAUGAUCUUCAGAAGUUGUUGGAUAGAGGAAUCAUCAGUAUAUCAAGAAGGAAAAGAAGUGAAGAAACUCAUUCUGUUAAUAUGGUGCAUGGAUGCCCUGGGAGGUACCAAGUAUGGGACAUUCUUUUCAUCAGAGAACCAUUGGUCCUAAUGCACAUAAGGCUAUGCCGGUUGGCUUUCUUUUAA